UUUUGGACUCGUAUUUCUUAUUCGUGCAGUGGCUUGUUAAAGUUGUAUGUUAUUUCAAGACACGCGUGAAACGAGUCUUGACAUUAAAAUAGUAUUUUUAAUUGACUAAAAAAAUACGACUUUAGAAAGCGCCGUUGCUCCUGCACCAGCCCCCACCAGGUCGUGUGACGCCGCCGGAAACUGCUGUUGCGAUGUCUUUUCACCGAGCAGGACGCAGAGAUGGACCGAGAAGUGAUAAGCGAAUUUAAAGAAAGUACUUUCAUACCAGGGUUAGUACUAAAGCACUGAGGCUUGAUGAUUGGCUCCUAAUCAAGUGUUCCUGGUCCAUCAGUAACAUCCUUGAAGAUGUUGUCCAAUCCUCUGGCCGACACUAGCAAACCUCGGCAGGUUGUCGCAUCCGGCCCCUGCACGCAAUCUGCGCUCUAUCAAGACCUGCUAGUGAUGGGCUACAGAGGAGCUGCGAAAGCAGAAGUCGGAAAAGAAGAUAAAAUGAUAUGUGCUGUUCAGGAACCUCAGACAUCAAAAUUUGAAACUGAUAAACAGCUGAAGCAGAGUUCGCCAGAGAGGAAUAGUGAUGUGGAAAGUAGCGCUAAUUUCAAAGAUGGGACAGAUGGAGCGGACAUGUUCAAAACCACAGAACGGAAACCACCAAAAGGGGAGCAACUGGGUUCUUUGGAGCGCUUUCUCGUGGCUCAUCAAAACGAAAUGAAGCAAUUGCUGACGGGCACACUCGGUGCCCUGACCCAGCGGCUUGAGGCGGUCGAGCGAAAGAUCGAGCAGCUGCAUGUCCAGGGUAUUGCACAUGGAAAAAGACUGGCCCUGCUUCAUGGUGACGUGAGCCUCCUGGGAGGAAACAUCACUGCUGGCUGUUCAAGCACACUAACCGCUCUGAAGACUUCGCCUGCUAACACUUAUGAAACCUACUCAUUUGUGGACAAAGAGGAUGACAAGAUGUCCAAGAAAUCCUCUCAGGGAUCAGUUAGUCAAGAAAGUAUGGACAGUGUGUGCCAAACGGGGAUUAAUUCAGGGACUGCGAUUGAUUUUUCUGCACAUAACUCUAAUUGUAAUCAUAACACAGAGAUCCUGGACCCUUUGGACAUUAAUGGAGACGCAGCCGGACAAGUGAAAACUGCUUUUGGAGCUGAGAACUACUUGCAGGUUUCAUCUUUUAAAGACUUGAACACGGAACCGGAUGCUUUACUCAGUAUAUCAGGCAAAAAAGACAGCCAAAAUGAGCCUGCUUGUGAUCCAAGUACCCUGUCUUGUGAGGGCUUGGAUGUAGGCAUUGAGUAUCACUCGAUUGAUCAGUGUUUACAUGAAUCAGCACAACUUGAGGUGCCUUCUUUCAAGAGUGAAGUUUUAAAAAAUUUAGAUGAGGGAAUUUUAUGUGAGCAUCAUAAUCUUAGUAGUACGAGUUUAGAUAUUAAAAAUCAUGCAGAAGAAAAGUCUGUGCUGUUGAUAUACCCCCAACCAGACUUGAUGGCAAACAGGUCACUCUUACUCAGCCAGUCUGGGGCUACUGACAAAAUAGAAACUUGUCUCGCUCCCUUAAUCACAACUCUGUCCACAAAAAGUUCUGGAGCAUUAGCCAAAAAACAUGAGUGGCCAUUUUUUUCUGGAAAUGUUUCUUUUCCUACAUUCAUCAAGAUCCCGUCCCUGUCCGAGAUCCUGCCAGGCUUUAGUAAGGAUGUAUCUUUAGAAAACGCUUCCAAUCUAGUUGAUGAUGUCAGAACAAAUCAAUGUGGUAGCCAGUUAAGGGUUAUAGGCUCCCGAUCGUAA